AUGUCCUCUCACCUUCCGACCGAGCUCUGGGAGAUCAUCUUUGACGGGCUUCUUGGACAAAUUCGCACUCUGAAAGCGUGUAGUCUCGUCUGUCGCUCCUGGAAGUCUCUGGCCUGGAAACGACUAUUUCAUACUCUUUACUUGCGGUAUCCAACAUGGGAUCAACAAAUGGCACCCCCGAAGACUUCCUCCUGGCAGUCUAUGUGGGCUCGUUCUCGGAAAUGCCUCUCUGACAAUGCCAGCGAGGUGGACGAGGGCUGGGCCCCAUUGUUGCUAUUUUUCAACUCUCCACUACAACCUACUCAGUAUACAGUCAGAAUCAAGAUGGGACUGUACCUGAACGAGUCCGCUGUCGCACCUUCGUUCGACUUCUUCGAAGCCGACUCGUCUCGCUUUCCGAGUUUGCGUGAGAUUCAUGUCCUCUCGAACAACCUAAUCUCCCAGGUCACUCUGCUGGAGCUUGCUCGCAUCAACUUUCGCUCCUUCAACGACUUGAUGACGCUCCUCGCGAGCUCGCGUUGUACAGAGCUCAUAAUCAGCGACUCGACAUGGAAGUCCCAACCUGACGUUCAAUUAUCACACCAGCUUCAUCCACCGCCAAUACACACAUUAAGCCUUGCCCGAAUAGAAACCUGGGCUAUAUCCACAUUGUGUGAUUGGCUCCAUCACUUUGACUGUUUGAGAGAUAUACGUACCCUCAAACUACAAGGACGUACGCCAGAGCAUCGCCAAGGAGACGAUGUUCUCCUUCAACGAUGCACGUCAGUACAGUUUCUCUAUGUGUGUAUAGGUGACACCUAUACGUGUGCCUCAGUCUCAUCUCGGGACUAUUCCUCUUGCUUUGCCCUGCGUGAGAUUACUUUAACAGAAUCUUGCUGGGAAAAUCCCUGCGCCGAAAUCCUUCGGAUGAUCCAGAAACUAGCUCGACCUGAGCGUCUAGAAAGGAUCAAGCUCGAGCUCAUAUCUUUGGAUCUCGUAGAUCUUUCUGGGAAUGACCGUGAAAGCCAUGAAUUAGACGACUAUCUCUUCAAUCUGAGCCGUCGUGCCUUUAAGUCCCUGGUACUUCACACCUCACGACACGUGCAGCCCGUUUCCAUGGAUUCGGAGUCUAUGGUCUCUCAAUUCAUGUUCCCCAAGCUGUAUUUUGCCGGCAGGCUGGACACUCGAAAGGCGGAACCUACGACACUGCGUGGACGGGGCUAUAAGCUCGGCUUUCGAAAAGCUGACGCCUUCUACGUUCAAGGGUCUUCUAUCGCUCGCAUAGAUCUCAAAGGAUGA